UUAAAUUUAGGUGCGCGCGCCUGGCGCACACGAAACAAGAAGGAGAAAAAGACGGUAGUCGACGGACGGACUGGGGACGCCUCGCCGCGGCUCAGCGAACAGUCGGUCUCCUCCCUCGAUUCACGCAUCUCCUACCGCCUCAAACACGCAAGAAUGUCAGACGAAAAGCCAAAGGAAGGCGUGAAGACUGAGAACGACCACAUUAACCUGAAAGUGGCCGGUCAAGAUGGCUCGGUGGUACAGUUCAAAAUCAAGAGGCACACUGCUCUCAACAAGCUCAUGAAGGCGUACUGUGAACGACAGGGACUGUCGAUUCGUCAAAUAAGGUUUAGGUUUGAUGGGCAGCCGAUAAAUGAGAUGGACACACCUUCACAGUUGGAAAUGGAGGACGAAGACACUAUCGACGUUUUCCAGCAACAGACAGGAGGAGACUAUUCUUAAGUGGAGGGCCUCCUCUUUGGGGAUUGCAUCCACACUGUUGUUUUCAUGUUGUCAUUGUUUAUUAUUGUUUCCUUUUUGGUUUUAUUAACCCCACCCCCUUACAUUUUGCUGCCAGGUUUUUCACCACAAGUGGUUUUUACCUUUCUUUAAAUUGGGAUAAGUAGUUUAUUUCACAUAAAGGAGAAAGGCCAUUUGUGUCCAAUGGUAGGGACGCUUACAAAAAUUCACUAGAACUUCAUGCCAAAAUUAUUUUCUAAUUAUAUUGUCAGGUUGAAUUCAGGAUAUUCCCAACGAAGUAUUUUGGUAGGCUCUGGAGCAAAAACAAAUUGCGUAAUUUCAUCGCACACUUAUUUUUUUUUCUUGUUUUUUUGGUAGCUAUAUUCCCAGUGACUUGUAUUCACGUUUGCAGAGAAAGAUGUGUACUGUAUGAUUGAUAUAGCUCUGUAUGUGAAUGUCUUGCUUGGAGAAGAUUGAGCUGAAUGCUAAAUCUAAAGUCAGUCACGUCAUGUUACUGGACCAAAAAAAGUAAAACCACAAUCUCUAAAUAAAGUGUUUUUUUUUUUUUUUUUAAAUAAAGGGUCUCGUUUUGUGUCAAA